AUGGCAGACCUCGUCGACCACUCACCCCACCAUCCCACGCAAGCUGCGAAGCUCAGCAGUGCCUCGAAUGUCAUCUUGAUUGAUAACUACGACUCCUUCACCUGGAAUGUCUACCAAUACCUUGUGCUUGAGGGUGCGACUGUCACUGUGUUCCGAAAUGACGAAGUUACCGUCGAAGACCUGAUUGCGAAGAACCCGACCCAGCUGGUCAUCAGCCCCGGACCUGGCCAUCCCGAGACCGAUGCCGGAAUCAGCAAUGCGGCAAUUAAACACUUCAGCGGAAAAAUUCCUAUCUUCGGUGUAUGUAUGGGUCAACAAUGUAUGAUCACGACAUUUGGUGGUAAGGUGGAUGUGACUGGCGAGAUUCUUCACGGCAAGACCUCGGCCUUGAAGCAUGACUCAAAGGGUGUCUACGAGGGACUGCCUGCUGACCUCUCCGUCACCCGGUACCACUCGCUUGCUGGAACCCACGCCACAGUUCCUGGGUGCAUGGAAGUGACUUCGUGGGCCGAACUUGAGGAUGGUAGCGGUAACAACGUUAUCAUGGGCGUGCGGCACAAGGAGCUUGCUGUGGAGGGUGUGCAGUUCCAUCCCGAGAGUAUUCUGACCGAGUAUGGUCGGACUAUGUUCAGGAACUUCUUGAAGCUCACCGAAGGCACCUGGGCUGGUAACAAGGGCAGCGUUGCUCCCAAGGCUGCUGCUCCCGUGGACAAGAAGUUGUCUAUCCUGGAUAAGAUAUAUGCUCACCGCAGGAAUGCCGUCGAGGAGCAGAAGAAGAUUCCCGCUCUGCGUCCGGAGGCCCUCCAAGCUGCUUAUGAUCUGAACAUCGCACCGCCACAGAUCUCGUUCCCUGCCCGGUUGAGACAGUCUGACUAUCCCCUAUCCCUGAUGGCGGAGAUCAAGCGUGCAUCUCCUUCCAAGGGCAUCAUAUCAGCCGAUGUGUGCGCGCCCGCCCAAGCACGGGAAUACGCUAAGGCUGGAGCAAGCGUUAUCUCCGUUCUGACCGAGCCCGAGUGGUUCAAGGGUACUAUUGACGACCUUCGGGCAGUUCGCCAAAGCCUGGAGGGACUCACCAACCGACCCGCUCUCCUGCGUAAAGAAUUCGUCUUUGACGAGUAUCAAAUUUUGGAGGCGCGUCUUGCCGGUGCCGAUACGGUUCUGUUGAUUGUGAAGAUGCUCAGUGUCGAGCUUCUCACAAGGUUGUACAACUACUCGCGCAGCCUCGGCAUGGAGCCUCUUGUGGAGGUCAACACUCCCGAGGAGAUGCAGAUUGCGGUUGAUCUAGGAUCCCAGGUCAUUGGUGUCAACAACCGUGACCUGACCAGCUUCGAGGUUGAUCUUGGUACUACUAGCCGUUUGAUGGACCAGGUGCCCGAGACCACGAUUGUCUGUGCUCUCAGUGGUAUUACGGGCCCCCAUGAUGUGGAGGCUUAUAAGAAGGAGGGCGUGAAGGCUAUUCUGGUUGGAGAGGCCCUGAUGCGGGCGCCCGACACGUCUGCCUUUGUGGCACAGCUUUUGGGUGGGUCUUCUGAGAAGAUUUCCUCCUCGUCGUCAAGCUCGCCUUUGGUUAAGAUCUGUGGCACGAGAUCUGAAGAAGCGGCCAAGGCUGCUAUCGAGGCUGGUGCUGAUCUGAUUGGCAUCAUCAUGGUUCAUGGCCGAUCAAGGCUGGUUCCCGACGAUUUGGCUCUGCGCAUCUCCCAGACAGUCAAGUCCACGCCGCGACCUGGUGUUCAAUCAACUGGAUCAUCUGAGCAAAUAUCAAAGACCACCUCUUCCGAAUGGUUUGAACAUUCCACCCAGGUCCUGCGCCAUCCCACUCGUGCAUUGCUUGUGGGUGUCUUUAUGAACCAGCCUUUGUCGUACGUCCUCGCUCAACAGCAAAAAUUGGAUCUUGACGUGGUGCAACUCCACGGCUCCGAGCCCUUGGAAUGGGCCAGCUUGAUUCCAGUACCAGUGAUCCGAAAGUUUGCCCCAGGUGAUCUUGGCAUUGCCCGCAGAGCCUAUCACACUCUUCCUCUUUUGGAUUCUGGCGCGGGAGGUUCCGGAGAAUUGCUUGAGGGAGCAGGUGUGCAAAAGGUCCUCAACAGCGACGAAGGCUUGCGAGUGAUACUUGCCGGUGGCUUGAAUCCUGACAAUGUUGUCGACAUCGUCGACAAAUUGGGCAAGGCAGGAUCCAAGGUGGUAGGAUUGGAUGUCAGCUCCGGAGUGGAGACCAAUGGCGUUCAAGAUUUGGAAAAGAUCCGCACUUUUGUGACGGCAGCCAAAAGCGUUCGUGCGUGA